AUGUUAGGGAUAUUCAAGAACAGAGAUCUGGAUAUUCAAGAACAGAGAUCUGUACACAACACUGAGCUUCCUAUAACAAGUGGAGAAGAUACACAUGUUGGGGAUAUUCAAGAACAGAGAUCUGAACACAACACUGAGCUUCCUAUAACAGUUGGAGAAGAUACACAUGUUAGGGAUAUUCAAGAACAGAGAUCUGUACACAACACUGAGCUUCCUAUAACAAGUGGAGAAGAUACACAUGUUAGGGAUAUUCAAGAACAGAGAUCUGUACACAACACUGAGCUUCCUAUAACAAGUGGAGAAGAUACACAUGUUAGGGAUAUUCAAGAACAGAGAUCUGUACACAACACUGAGCUUCCUAUAACAGUUGGAGAAGAUACACAUGUUAGGGAUAUUCAAGAACAGAGAUCUGUACACAACACUGAACUUCCUAUAGCAAGUGGAGAAGAUACACAUGUUAGGGAUAUUCAAGAACAGAGAUCUGUACACAACACUGAGCUUCCUAUAACAGUUGGAGAAGAUACACAUGUUAGGGAUAUUCAAGAACAGAGAUCUGUACACAACACUGAGCUUCCUAUAACAAGUGGAGAAGAUACACAUGUUAGGGAUAUUCAAGAACAGAGAUCUGUACACAACACUGAGCUUCCUAUAACAGUUGGAGAAGAUACACAUGUUAGGGAUAUUCAAGAACAGAGAUCUGUACACAACACUGAACUUCCUAUAGCAAGUGGAGAAGAUACACAUGUUAGGGAUAUUCAAGAACAGAGAUCUGUACACAACACUGAGCUUCCUAUAACAGUUGGAGAAGAUACACAUGUUAGGGAUAUUCAAGAACAGAGAUCUGUACACAACACUGAGCUUCCUAUAACAAGUGGAGAAGAUACACAUGUUAGGGAUAUUCAAGAACAGAGAUCUGUACACAACACUGAGCUUCCUAUAACAGUUGGAGAAGAUACACAUGUUAGGGAUAUUCAAGAACAGAGAUCUGUACACAACACUGAGCUUCCUAUAACAGUUGGAGAAGAUACACAUGUUAGGGAUAUUCAAGAACAGAGAUCUGUACACAACACUGAGCUUCCUAUAACAAGUGGAGAAGAUACACAUGUUAGGGAUAUUCAAGAACAUAGAUCUGUACACAACACUGAGCUUCCUAUAACAAGUGGAGAAGAUACACAUGUUAGGGAUAUUCAAGAACAGAGAUCUGUACACAACACUGAGCUUCCUAUAACAAGUGGAGAAGAUACACAUGUUAGGGAUAUUCAAGAACAGAGAUCUGUACACAACACUGAGCUUCCUAUAACAAGUGGAGAAGAUACACAUGUUAGGGAUAUUCAAGAACAGAGAUCUGUACACAACACUGAGCUUCCUAUAACAAGUGGAGAAGAUACACAUGUUAGGGAUAUUCAAGAACAGAGAUCUGUACACAACACUGAGCUUCCUAUAACAAGUGGAGAAGAUACACAUGUUAGGGAUAUUCAAGAACAGAGAUCUGUACACAACACUGAGCUUCCUAUAACAAGUGGAGAAGAUACACAUGUUAGGGAUAUUCAAGAACAGAGAUCUGUACACAACACUGAGCUUCCUAUAACAGUUGGAGAAGAUACACAUGUUAGGGAUAUUCAAGAACAGAGAUCUGUACACAACACUGAGCUUCCUAUAACAAGUGGAGAAGAUACACAUGUUAGGGAUAUUCAAGAACAGAGAUCUGUACACAACACUGAACUUCCUAUAGCAAGUGGAGAAGAUACACAUGUUAGGGAUAUUCAAGAACAGAGAUCUGUACACAACACUGAGCUUCCUAUAACAGUUGGAGAAGAUACACAUGUUGGGGAUAUUCAAGAACAGAGAUCUGUACACAACACUGAACUUCCUAUAGCAAGUGGAGAAGAUACACAUGUUAGGGAUAUUCAAGAACAGAGAUCUGUACACAACACUGAGCUUCCUAUAACAGUUGGAGAAGAUACACAUGUUAGGGAUAUUCAAGAACAGAGAUCUGUACACAACACUGAGCUUCCUAUAACAGUUGGAGAAGAUACACAUGUUAGGGAUAUUCAAGAACAGAGAUCUGAACACAACACUGAGCUUCCUAAAGGGGGAAAUGUAUAUACCUUUUCUCUUGGAGAAAUGCAAAAUUUAGCCCAGCAGUGGACAAAGCAGACAGAAGAUGAAGAAUCUGAUACUCCUUCUUCUACUGUUGUUUUUAUUGAGGAACAAGAACAUGGUAUUUUUAAGUUUACAGAAAUCAAACAAAUAUCAAUGUUUAAAGGUGAAACCAAAGGACCAACAGAUGAUAAUCAUGAAGUGGUUUAUGAGGCAGAAGCUGUGAUAGAAACAGAAACUUUUGCAGAUGAUACUUUGAUUUUUCCAAAGGAUGAGAUACAGGAAAUCAUUGGACAUGAUGUCAUGGAUGUAGAAGAUGGGAAAAAAUGUAAAAAGAGAAGAUGGAAGAGAAUUAGGUACACAGAUUCUGAUAUGGAAGUUGAUCCUCCAGCUGAAGGUACAUGUAGUAUCAAAAGAACGAAAGUCAGUAAUGAGACAUGUGAGUUGGUUUAUGAUAUUGAUAACAACAGUGAUAACAACAGUGAUAACAACAGUGAGACAAGUGAACAAUAUCCUGUACUCCCAAAGCUGCAGUGCUCAGUUGGCAAAAUUGAGUUGAGUUCUGAGGAUUCUGAAGAUAUUGACGACUUUAUAGAUGAAGAUAUCAUUAUAAGAGAUGUUAAACACAAGGAACUAUACAUUACGGGUGUGAAAAAAAAUGAAUUUACUAAAACGGGUAAAAUGAAGAAAACAGAGAGGGUAUAUAAUUCCCACCACCCCUGUCCAUUUUGUGGCAUAAUGCAGACUAAUUUUUCCCACCAUAUAUUGUCUACUAAACAUAUGGAAGAACAAGAAGUUAAAGAAAUUAUGAAACUAGAUCUUUCAAACAGUAGUUCUGAGGAAAAAAAGAAAAUUAUGAAAGAUAGAAAAAGAAUGAUUGAUCUGUUAAGAUUAAAAGGAUGUCAUCAACAUAACAUGAAAGUCAAUCAAAGUAAAACCGGAGAAAUCAUAUUGGCCCGUAGAAUUUUAACGUCCGGAUCUUUUGACAUUGAAAAGUAUGGAGCGUGUCCAUCAUGUCUUGGGUGGUUUUUAAUGUCAAAUUUUCAAAGGCAUCAAUCAAAUUGUCCUGGUAAUUAUAGUAGAACGAAACAAAGUAAGGCUAGUUUGAUAACCCAGUCUCAGAUAAUAUCUAGAAGAAUUUCAGAUGAGGCUAGUCCUGCUUUAGUCAGAGAGGUUUUUAGUAUAAUGACCAUAGAUGAAGUCUCAAAGGUUGCAAAAAAUGACAAACUAAUUAUAUCAUUAGGAAAUCAAUGGAUGCUGUCUAACAUGGGCAAUCGUAUAAUGAGGAAAUACUAUACAUCUUCUGUGAUGAGAUUGGCAGCCAAGCUUCUGACUUCUUUAAGAAGCAUCACAGGUUUGAAGGAACAUUCAAUGGAGCAGUUCAUAGAAGCAAAAUAUUAUGAAUAUUUUGCCAAAGCUGCAUUGAUUUGUAGUAAACAAGUUGUAAAUGAUGAAGAAGAUUUGAAUAGCCCAAGCAAUGCAAUAAAACUUGGAUAUGACAUAAAACGUAUGGCUUCUGCAAAACUUGGUGAAGCUUUAGUGGAAGGUGAUGAUCUAAAGAAAUCCCAAGCAGAAAACUUUUUAACACUAGUGAAUAUGAGUUGGAGCUUGAAAGUGACAAAACUAGCAAGAAUGGUUCUAGCAGAAAGAAAUUUUAAUAUUAUUAAGCAACUUCCUCUACCUGAAGACAUUCAAAAAAUGGUUUCUUUUAUGGUGGAAGAGCUUAAUAAAUUGGACUUGCAGGAUGUUGCAUACAAGAUAUUUAGAAAGGCUGCUGUUCUUGCUUUAGCUAGGAUUACAUUGUAUAAUAGAAGAAGAUGUCAUGAAGUUCAAGCUUUAAAUUUAUCGGAUUACAGGAGGAGAAAAAGUACCCCAGAUGAAGUGGCUUUGCAAAUGAGCCAUGAGCUCACAGAGUUUGAAAAGGAGCUUCUUAACACGCAGGAGGUGGUAAUGAUUCGAGGGAAGGGUGGCAAGGCGGUUCCGGUUAUUAUCCCAAAGGAUGCUGUAAAUGUGUUGGAAUACCUGUCAAAUGACUCUAUUAGACUCAAAGUUGGAAUACCUCCUUCGAAAUAUUUGUUUGCUAAUUCCAAUGCAGGUGUUUUUAGGGGCUAUGAUGCCAUUGGUGCUGUAAAAAAGGAAGCAGGAUUAAAGUUGCCAAACCUUGUUAAAACGUCUAACAUGAGGAAGUAUAUGGCAACAAUGAUGCAGUCAUUGGACAUAACAGAAAACCAACGUCAAUGGAUCCUAGAUCACCUAGGACAUACUAUGGAUGUCCAUAGGGUCCAUUAUAGGCAAACAAGUGAUUUAAUAGAAAGGGUUCAUGUAUCAAAACUUUUGUUAAUCCAAGACUUUGGUAUGGUGAAAGAUUUUGUUGGCAAAAAAUUGGAGGAUAUUCAACUAGAAGAUAUUGUACCGCAAAAAAAAGACAUAUCAGCAGUAAGUGAAGAUGAUGCAGAUAUAGAUACACCAAACACAGGAAUUGAUAAUAUAGCAGAGGACUUUAUUCCAGAAUUGCAUGACGAUGAAGUUGAUGCUGAUUUCAGCAUUCCAAUUCAAGAACAUAGACCUGAUAAAAAGAAAUCUAGAAAAGACAAAGUUCAACGCCAAAAAUGGUCAGAGGAUGAUGUCCAGGAACUAGAGGACCUGUUUUCAGUUAAUCUUAAAAAACUGAAAUGUCCAAAACAAGCCGAAAUUGAAAAAAAAAUUUCAAUUAGCAAAAAAAAUGGUGGUCUUAUCCACAAAAGAAAGCGUGAUAACAUCAAGAAGAAAGUCAGCAAUAUGAUUCAAAAACUCAAAACCAUUGAUAAUGGUUAAUAUUGAAAAUUAUUUUACAGGACAAAUAUAAAUAAAAAUAAAUAUUGGCUCACCUGAGGUUAAUAAACUUGUCUUUUUUAUCGCUGACAUAGGGUAGGUUAGGCUGGGUUUUUUAUUAUUUGUUGGUUGCAUAUUUUAAUAUGAAAUUUUGUAAUUUUGUCUGAGAAGGAAAUAAAAUUCCUAAGAUAUAAUUAUGAAUACAUUUACUGUUUAUUUAAACAAUAUUGUAAACCUGGAAGCAACAAGAAAAUCUCUUUGAAUAAAGCUUCAUAUUUUAGAAGGUUUUUCGAGCUGGAUAAUCCAUAUUUGGUACAUGUGAACUUGACCUCAUUUUCAUGGUUUAAUGACAAUUUAAAAAUUCUGAGUUAAAAUUGGUAAUAGGACAGCUAUUUGGUAAUAAAUUAAUUGCUUAAUAUAUGUGUCUGUCAGACUAGGUUAACCUGACCUUUACCACAUUUCAGGAAUCAGUGAUUAAGUGAGUUAAUAUGACUAGAGAGGAAUAAAACUUAGCAGGGGCCCAGUCGCCCAUGGCCCUAGAUUUUGUGCUGGGCUACUUAAAUUUUGAUAAAAUUUGGUUCAAAAUACAAACGUCAAUUAGGAACAAUUUUGUCUGUGCUACCAGCUUGAAUUUCCCAAGUUUUAUCCCUGCUAGAUCCAUUUCUCAUGUAUUUUAAGCAAUAGGUCAACUGUAGUAGGUGUAUAGAAUGAUUGUUAAGAAUACAUCUCUUAUCUGACAGGGUUGAUCUUGACAUUAACCUUAUUUUCAUGGAUAAUUGAUAAUAUUAAAUUUUCUGUUUUACUUGAAGCAAAACUUUUUAUAUAUAAUUCAGUUAAAGAUCUUCGCUACACUUGUUUUGACUUUUUGUCUGAUAUUUGAAUCCUCUAGUUUUAUCCAUAUAGUGCCACUUCUUGAUUUAUUUUAUUACAUUUGGUUUUAAAAGCCAUUUUUGAAAAUCUUAUACAAUCCUUGUUAUUUUUUAUUUGUUUUUAAGAAAAGGUUCACAAUGUUAAAUGCAUGAAAAAUCUUAAAUUUCCCUACAAAUGUCCUAUUGGUUAUUUCUCUAAACAAGGACAAAGACAUUUCAUUUUUUAUGCUUUUCAAGAUCCGUUAUUUAUAUUCUAUCAGUUUAUAGUCUUUUAAUAAAAUCUUGUUAUUUUGAGACAUAGGAGCUAAUUCUGAUCAUCCUUAAAUCAGUUUAGCAGACCAAACAUUUCAGCAUGUGCACUCUUAGUUAUUUUUGUGUUUAUGUAUAGAUUUAUUUUUAUUUGAUGAUGGGCUUUAUGGGAUUAAAUUUGUACAGGCAUUUUUUUUUGUGAGACUUGGCAACAGUUAAAAUUAUUGUUUAUUUUACUACUCUGAGAAAAAACUCAAAAGAAUUUGUCAUAAAGUGAAGAUUUAUUAUACAUGUAUUUUUUUUGUCUUGUCUACUGAGAUUGACAUUAUAUGUAUAUUUUGUUUUAUAAUAUCUGCUACACGUAAUUGCUGAAGACAGGGCAUUAGUGUGUACAGUAUAAUAUGGUAGUAGAAAUGUUUUUCAAACUUGUUUAUGUGUGAAAUUUAUUCAUCCAUUUGGGACAGAUGCCACAUGAUGUAAAAUUACUGCAUCUUUUAUCAAGGACCUUAUGCCAAAGUAACUUUAUGGAAACUACUGUUACUAAUUUGAGAAACUAAUAUUUGCAAUUUGGACAUUCAUGGUACCGACAUAUUUUUGAUUUUUUUUAAUUGAAAAACAAAACUAUAGAAUGGAUAUGUGUACUCAUUUUCAAUAUUACCCUGUAAACAAGAAAGUAUUCAAUUAGGAAAAAUAAUGGUUCCCUUUGAACAACUGGGCCUAGUGUGAGAAGUUACCACAAUUAAUUUUCAGAUCCAUAGAUCAAAUAGACAGGAGGUACAGUUAUUGUUUUUGGUAAACUUGUCAAAAUUAGAUUUAUACCACAACUAAAAAAAAUCUUUGAAAAUUUGACUGAAAUAAUUGAGGUUAUUUGAAAUUCUAAGGUGACUUGUUCAAGCUUAUAAUGUUACAAAUAAGUUACUCCUGUUGUCCUAAUGGUGUUAAAUGUCUAAAAUACUGUAUGGGAUUAUUUUUAUUUCCCAGUUUACUUGUCUCAAACUAUAAUAUCUGAGUAUUUUGGUAUGAAAAUAAUAAAUAUGUUUGCCUGUAAUAUGUUUAUUCACUGUGACAUUGCCAAUUUUCAUCACAGUAACAAUCCACAUAAUAUCUUGUCUCAAAAUAAAAAAUGAUCUAAUGAUUUCUAUAGCAAGUAGGGACCAGUUGUUUAAAAUUUGCACUAAUUAUUUCUGUGUAAUUUGUUUUCAUUGCAACACCAAAUUAUAGAAUGCACUGUCAUUAAUUGUUUAAAGAAAUUGUGUACACAUUUUCAGUCUUGUUCUGUGUACAAGACAGUAUUUAAUUUAAAAAAAAUAGAUCACUUUGAACAACUGGUCCCAGUGUGAGAAGUUUUACUUAAACACAAUAUAUGUUCAGAUCCAUAAGAAGUUUAUGCAGUUGGUACAGUGAACUUAGAAAAUAAUGCAUUUUUGUAUUGUUAUUAAAAGUUAAAAUUCAUUGAAAAUUUGAUAGAAUGAAUAUUGUGUUUUUAGCUCACCUUUCCUAAAAGGAAAUGUGAGCUUUUGCCAUCACUUGGCGUCCGUCGUCGUCGUAAACUAUUUCAAAGAUCUUCUCUGAAACUACUGAACCAAUUCCAACCAAACUUUAGCUGAAUGAUCCUUAGGGUAUCUAGAUUAAAGUUUGUGUUUUAUUUUCCAUUUCGUCAAAAAACAUGGCCGCCAUGGCUAAAAAUAGAACAUAGGGGUAAAAUGCAGUUUUUGGCUUAUAUCUCAAAAACUAAAGCAUUUAGAGCAAAUCUGACAAGGGGUAAAAUUGUUCAUUAGGUCAAGAUCUAUCAGCCUGAAAAUUUUCAGAUAAAUCGAACAACCCAUUGUUGGGUUGCUGCCACUUAAUUUGUAAUUUUAAGUAAAUUUUGCAGUUUUUGGUCAUUAUCUUGAAUAUGAUUAUAGAUAAAGAUAAACUGUAAACAGCAAAAAUGAUCAGCAAAGUAAGAUCUACAAAUAAGUUAAUAUGACCAAAAUUGUCAAUUGACCCCUUAAGGAGUUAUUGUCCUUUAAUGACAAAUUUACACAAUUUGUUCAUCAUAUUUGCUAACUUUAAAAAAUCUUCUCCUCUGAAACUACUGAACCAAAUUCAAUCAAACUUACACUUAAUGAUCAUUAAGGUGUCUAGAAUAAAGUUUGUGUUUUAUUUUUUAUUUGGUAAAAAAACAUGGCUGUCAUGGCUAAAAAUAGAACACAGGGUAAAAUGCAGUUUUUGGCUUGUAUCUCAAAAACACCAGCAUUUAGAGCAAAUCAGACAAGAAGUUAAAGUUAUAAUUAGGUCAAGGUCUACAUGCCCUGAAAUUUUCAGCCGAAUGGGGUAACUGGUUUUUCAGUUAUUGCCCCUGAUUUGAUGAUUUUAAUGAAAUUUUGCAGUUUUUGGUUAUUAUCUUGAAUAUUUUUAUAGAUAACGAUAAACUGUAGACAGCAAAGUAAGAUCUACAAAUAAGUCCAAUUGAACAAAAUUGUCAAUUGACCCCUGAAGGAGUUAUUGCCCUUUAAAGACAUUUUUCACAAUUUAUUAAUCAUGGUGGCUUACUUCAAAAAUCUUCUCCUUUGAAACUGCUUAAUCCAUUUCAGCCAAACUUAGGCAUAAUGAGUUUCAGAGUACAUAUCUAGCAUACAUUUUAUAUUUUAUUUCCUUGUAUGACAAGAAACAUGGCCCCUAUGGCUAAAAUAGAGCAUAGGGGAAAAUGCAUUUUUUUUUGUUAAAGAAGAUAUGACGGAUUCGAAGAACAUUUAUUUAAAUUUUAACGCCAAAUAAUCAUUGAUGAAAGAUUUAAGUAAAAAAUUUAAGGUGAGCGAUUCAGGCUCUUGAGAGCCUCUUGUUCUUAAAUUCCAAGGUUAUUACAUCUAAUCUUAUUAGGUUACAGGUUAGGUUCCCCUAUUGUCUUUAUUGGUAUAAGUAUUUAGAUUUUGUUUCCAUCAGAAAUUCAAAAUGGUUGCAAGUUUACAUAGAAGCUCUUAAGGAAAAUGAUUUGAAAUGUUAAUUUUUGAUAAAUUAGUGAUGAAGGCAGGGUGAGCAAUUUCGGGCUCCUAGGAGACUCUUGUUUGUGUAUUGUAUAAUGUGUAUCAUGUGAUAAUGUCUGUUGUUAAUAAAGUUGAGAAAGUUUA